CCAAAAUUCAAGGUCAAAAUUGGCUGGAAAAGUAUUGCCGCCUUUCGGGUUUUAACCCGAAAACCAAUUUGGGAAACAGCGUGCCGCUGUUCAAAUAAACAGCAAAACGCAGCGGAUUUGUGCGGAACGUCAGGACUCAGGAGCUCACAGCGUUGUAAAUUGUAACUCCGUUACGAGUGCCCUGUUUUUCUGUCUAUGUCGUCCCGUCAAAAUCUCGUUCUUCAUCGCGAAUCGCGAUCCUAUUUUUCAAUUUCACUUUUUAAAUUCCGAUUUCUUGAUACGUGGAUUUCGAAACAUUCAGUUCAAAUUUCCUUUGUUCAACGAUCCAAUUUUUAAAUCAAUUAUUCGAUCGUUCUUCUUAUUUACCAGAGUUCCUCCACACAUAAUUUCGUUGAAGAACAUCCAAAAAUGGAGAAAAAUAAUGGCUUUUGCGUCUCCAAUUUAUCUUCAAAUCUUCUAAUCACUUGCUUCAUCGCCCUUAUUACUACUGUAUUAUUCCGAGUACUUUACGUGAUUUACCGAACCGGCAAGCCGCUAAGCAAAAGAGCUUCACGGCAGCCUCUUAGCACUCUUAUUGUUUUAGGUUCAGGAGGACACACGGCGGAGAUGAUUAAUCUCUUGUUAGUUUUGCAAAAGGACAGGUUUGCGCCGAGGUUUUAUAUCGCCGCGGCUACUGAUAAUAUGAGUCUUCAGAAAGCUCGCGUCUUGGAGAAUUCGUUGGCUGAUUCGAGUGGGGUCAAGCGAGUUUCUGCAGAGUUCAUGCAGAUAUAUAGAAGCAGGGAAGUUGGUCAAUCGUAUGUAACCUCUGUUUGGACAACACUAGUUGCCAUGGCUCAUGCAUUGUGGCUGAUGAUUAAAAUCAGACCUCAAGUGGUUCUUUGCAAUGGCCCUGGUACUUGUAUUCCUCUAUGUGUAAUUGCAUUCUUUUUCAAGGUUUGCAUAUUUCCCUCUAAUGAAUUUUGUUUUGUAUUGCCUUUCGCUCUUGAUGAAACUGAUAUGGUCUUUCCAGCCAAAGAAAAAAAGAAAGACAAACUUAAAUUCAUAAACAUUUCUACAUCUAAGAAAAUUGGAGUUAGCCAUUUUUCUUGUAAGUUUUGCUUGCAGGUGGUCGGAAUUAGAUGGUCAUCCAUCUUUUAUGUUGAGAGCAUUGCAAGAGUAAAAAGGCUUUCGUUAAGUGGUUUGUUGCUUUACAAGUUAUGGAUUGCAGAUCAGUUCUUUGUGCAAUGGCCACAACUGCAGAGAAAGUACCCUCGUGCUCAUUAUGUUGGUUGCCUGAUGUAGUUAAUUAAAUCCGCUGCUGAUGGGUACUCUCAAUUAACCUUUAAGAUUUUUUUUUUCUUAAUACUGUAUUCGACAUUCUAAAGUUUCUUUUUCUCUUUCUCUUCGUUAGGAUUUUAGUGUUUGUGUUGGGUUGGUUUGAUUACUGCAACAUGAUUUAAUGUGGACGAUGAGACAUAAAAACUGAUUGAUUGUGAUAUUGGUUAUCUCAAAAUUUUGAUACUAACAUUACAUUAUGGUUGCACUUUAACACAGACUAUGUUAAUUGAAACUGCCAGCAUAUCAUUUUUCACGGCCUGAAUGUUAAGUCCUUAAGUUUGGCAAAGAACUUCUUAGGAAUAAGUUUCUAGAACAACUUUUAUUUAUGUGAUUUUGGAAAAUUUAUUACUUAAUACGAUCAAAUUCCUACAUACUUAAAUUCAAAAUUCCAACUCUUCUUUUUCUACUCCUUUAACCCUCUAACUUUACAUCAUUUUAAGGAUUCAAGCAGCCUGGGCAGGUGUAAUUGUUUAAGUUGUUGAGCUUAUCUUGGACAACCGUGUAGUAUGCAAACUUAGCAUGAUCUAACUGUUUUUUUUAUUUCUUUUGAGCAAUGAAGGGAAUAAUCAAUAUAUGUCGCAAACUAGCAAGGAAUAAUUGUGUAUAACUGAAGCUGCUAAUAAUUGUGUAUAACUGAAGCUUGAGCAGCUUCAGUCAAGUUCAUUUCUGAGCACUCCCUCUCUAGUUUGCGACAAUACCUAUAGUCAGGACGUAUGCUCCAGUUUAAAUGAUUUUAAAUAAGCCUGAUUAAAGGCCUGUACUUGAUUUGCGAACUAUGAGCUUCAAUGAACCUUGUUGAUGAGUUUAGCUUGAGUUCACAGACAUUUCUGUUCUUAUGUUGAAUAUAAGCAUGUAUCUUUGCCCUAUUUCACACAGCGGUAAUGGGUUGAUUCUUAGAUUCAUUUGUCUAAUCUUCCUUGCCAUUUUGGAAUCUCUAUUUGCUUUAUAGCGUCUCUUUUUCUCUGUUUUAUACACCUGCUACAGAAUGGACCUAGUGAGACAAAAUUAGAUAUUUAUUUUCUUCUUCUAUACACCCUG